AUGACGAACUUCUGUCUCCCCACAUGUCUCCUCACCCUCAUCCUCCUUCAGCUGCCCGGGCUGGAUUCUGCUCACUUUGAUGUGGUGGGACCCAAGGAGCCCAUCCUGGCCAUGGUGGGCGAAGACGUCGAGCUGCCGUGCCACCUGUCCCCAAACGUGAGUGCCAGAAACAUGGAACUGCGCUGGUUCCGGAAGAAGGUCUCGGAGGCGGUGUUGGUGCAUCGGGACGGGCAGCUGCAGGACCGGGAGCAGAUGGCCGAGUACCGAGGCAGAGCCACGCUGGUGCCGUACAACAUCAACCAGGGCCACGUGGCGGUCAGGAUCCACGGGGUCACGGCCAAGGAUGCCGGGGAGUACCGGUGCUUCUUCAGGGAGAAGGAAGACUUCGAGGAGGCGGUGGUGCAGCUGCAGGUGGCCUCUCUGGGCACUGAUCCGCAUGUCCACAUGGAAGUCCAAGAGAGCGGAGAGAUCCGGCUGAAGUGUACCUCAGAGGGAUGGUACCCGGAGCCGCAGGUGCAGUGGAGAACUUCCGGGGGACAGAAGUUUCCAUCCACGGCAGAAUCCAGGACUCCUGAUGAAGAAGGCCUGUUCACUGUGGCAGCUUCAGUGACCAUCAAGAACGCCACUCCAGGGAAUGUGUCGUGCAGCAUCCAGAACCCCCUUCUUGGCCAGGAAAAGGAAGUCGAGAUUUCCAUACCGGCUCCCUUAUUCCCAAGGCUGACUCCCUGGAUGGUGGUCACAAUUGUAGUCGUGACUGUUCUUGGACUUCUUUCCAUCGCCUCCAUAUUUUUCACUUGGAAACUCUACAAGGAAAGACGCAGAGAAAGGAAGGAAAAAUUUAGCUCUAAAGAGAAACUCCUGGAGGAUCUCAAAUGGAAGAAGGCCUCAUUGCAUGCAGUCGAUGUGACUCUGGACCCGGACACAGCCCACCCGCACCUCUUCCUGUACGAGGACUCCAAAUCUGUCCGACUGGAGGAUUCACGUCAGAAAGCUCUUGAGAAACCAGAGAGAUUUGAUUCCUGGCCUUGCGUGCUGGGCCGGGAGACCUUCACCUCAGGGAAACAUUACUGGGAGGUGGAAGUGGGGGACAGGACCGACUGGGCGAUCGGGGUGUGCAAGGAGAAUGUGAUGAAGAAAGGUUUUGACCCCAUGACUCCCGAAAACGGGUUCUGGGCUGUGGAGUUGUAUGGGAACGGCUACUGGGCCCUAACCUCACUCCGAACCCCUCUCCCAUUGCCGGGACCCCCCCACCGGGUGGGAAUUUUCCUGGACUAUGAGUCAGGAGACGUCUCCUUCUACAACAUGACGGACGGGUCCCUCAUCUACUCUUUCCCCAAGACCACCUUCUCUGGGCCCCUCCGGCCCUUCUUCUGCUUGUGGACCUGUGGGAAAAGGCCCCUGUCUAUCUGCCCCGUCACAGACGGACCUGACGGGGUGACAGUUCUUGCUGAUGCCAAGGACGCGUCUAAGGAGAUCCCACUGUCCCCCAUGGGCGACGAUUCCGCCACUGGGGAUGCAGACACCCCCCACUCUAAACUAAUUCCCACCCAACCCGGCCAAGCGUCCUCUUAA